GAGGCUGAGCAUCAGGCCGAACAGCACAAACUCAGGGAAAAGUGAGGCUGUACAAAAACUGCAGGGAACUGAGAGAGUUUGGAAACCUACAGUUCAGGUCCUAAGCUCAAGCUGUCACGAUUUAAGAGUUUUGGGGUUUUUUUUGGAUCCUUGUUUUUGUUCCUGAAUUUUCUCCCUCAGCUGAAAUGGAUUCCGAUGCUGGCUCCACCUGCAGUCGCUCCUCGUCUCCAGACCUGGUGGUGGAUGACUCUGCAGGGAGCUUCUUCUCCAAUAAGAUGUUCCAGAAGUACUGCCACGAGAACAGAGCAGACAGUGAGGCCGGCCAAGGCAGGACGGACUGCUGUAGCGUGGGCGGUAAGAGCAAAUCCAGAUCUGAGCUCAGCAAGGAAGAGAUGCAAGAUCAGAGGCUGAAAGUUAACAGUCGAGAAAGGAAGAGGAUGCAUGAUCUGAACCAGGCGAUGGAUGGCCUCAGAGAGGUCAUGCCAUACGCACAUGGACCCUCGGUCCGCAAGCUGUCAAAGAUUUCCACCUUGCUCUUGGCUCGCAAUUACAUCCUCAUGCUUUCCAGCUCUUUGGAGGAGAUGAAGAAACUGGUUGGGGACGUUUAUGGUGGCAAUGCCGCCGUCCAGAGCCGCACAGCUCCCCAUCCCACCAUUACCCCUGCGGCCACGACCGCCCACCUCCCUCUGCAUCCUCUGGCCCAGUCCCUUCACUCUCUGGUGGGCAGCACACCUUCAGCUCUUCAGCAUCACUCAUCUUCUGCCUCCUCAGCCCCAGCUCCACACUCCCCUCCAUCAGCCGGCUUCCUGGGCUUUCACGCUCCAGUCCAGAGCCUCCUGAAGGACCCUCUCCACCUGAGCAGCUCCUACAGACACUUCCCCGGCAUGCCGUGCCCUUGCUCACUCUGCCAGCCUCUGCCCACCACUACCUCCACAUUACACAGCCUGUCUAUGAGCAAGUGAGCAGGUCUCUCUUAAAAUAGACUGUCCGGACCACAAACAGGAGACUGAUGAAAAAAAAAAUUAUAAAAUGAUGGCUGGGGCAAAACCUUGUACAUACUGUAU